CAGUGUGAACUUUUGUGGUGGGUGCACGUUUUUUUCUUUGCCUAGAUUUGAUACCAAGUAACUUCAGCAAUGUCGGAAAUGAGAAUAUGUGGUUUGAAGCUGGGUUAUGUGGGAAUACUAGCUGUACUUCUAUACUUGAUUGAUACAUCAAGAGCUGCCCUCGAUGGCUACAUCGCUGGACAAGACUACCCGGACUUCGAGGAGGUGCCAAAGGGCUUGUCAUUCACCUGUAACGACAAGAUACCUGGGUAUUACGCGGAUACGGAAACCAUGUGCCAAGUCUGGCAUUGGUGCGUGCCCGGUCUGGGAGGCAACAUGAUGUACUCAUUCCUCUGCGCUCCAGGAACAGUGUUCAAUCAGCAGUCCAGGGUCUGUGAUUGGUUUUUCAAGGUUGAUUGUCCUAACGCGCCAGCUUACUAUGGGGUUAACGAGGAUCUCUACAAAGACGAAGCUGGCAAUUAUAUUGCAGGAAAAAAGUAAACCAAAUUAAAGCUAUACAUAAUUAGUAUGUACUUCUAUUACAAAGAACUUUAAAAUACAUCAUUAUUGUAAAAAAAAUUUGAAUGAAAAUGAAAUGAUGACCUUGAUUAAUAUAAUAAUUAUACUAUUUAUUAAUUGGUACCCUAAAUGUGAUUAAUAAUGGUAAGUAAUGUGUCAAACGAAAUUUAAAUGAAAGCGCCUGAUUAUAAAAUAUAGCAAUGUCUGUAAUGAGCGUGAAUUUAAAUAAUAUUAGGCGCUGAUGAUUUUUUUUUUAUAAGCUAAUUAAAACAAUAAUUUUACAUUUAGAAUUAACGUCACAAAUGAAAAAUCGAUGUAUGUUAUAUAGAAAUGUAUAUUUUCCGACAUAUUUUAUGUUCAUUACUUAAUAAGAAUAACGUACAAAACAAUAUCAUUUCGCUUCUGUAGGUUUAUUUAGUUAAUCUAUCUUAAUAGAAAAUAUUUUUGCUCAUUUUUUUUUUUUUGCUAUCAAUCUCCCUCCAAAUGCUUUCAAGGUGACAAGCCGAACAUAUGAUUGAACGAAUGACAGUUCAUCAAAUACGUAAUAAAUCAACAGACAAACAAACCACGAUAGAUUACAAAGAACAAUGACAAAUAAUAAAAUAAAUUAGUAUUGAUCUUGGAAAUAAGAAUAACUUUGAUUAUGAAAGUGUUAUCUUUUCAGUUACAUAUAGCAAAUACAGGUACGAGAGGGAUAUAUAUUAAUAUAUUAUGACCUCACUAUGUUACCAUGUUUAUUUGUCGAGUAAUGUCAUUAGUCGACAGAUUUGAGAUGAUUAUUACUAUCUACAUAUAGCAGACAACUCAAUUAAAGCUGGAAUUGUUUAUAAUGAUAAGAAUUGUCAUUAAUUUACAAGAGUUAACAUCAAUUUACAGUUUGUCAUUGUUUUGCAUUUUUUUUUAAAUAUAUUUUUUUUGUACUUGGUCGUAUUCUAUAAUGCCAAGUAUUUUAACGAGUUAUGUCUCUGA